AUUCCGCGCACAGCAUCUCAGCAUGCGAUGCCGCGGGAAGGUUACGAAGAAUGCAGGGGACAUCACCUUCGUCCAUGUUGAAAUAAUCAGCGAAGAAGGCUAACUGGAUGGAGGUGCACGCUGGGCUUUACCUACUGGCGGUGGGUGCCGUGGUCGUUGUCGUUGUUGGCAUGAAGGCAGGUUUCCGUGCCUUGAACGAAGCUGUCCACGGAAACUUGGGAUUUCUUGACUUCGUGCACACUGUUGCUGGAGAACUCUCUGUGGUUGGAUGCAUUCACGUCGUGAUCACGUUCUGCUGCGUUGUCGGCCUCGUUCCGCACGACAGCAAUGCAUUCCGUGCCCUGGAUGCUGCCCAUCUUGGUGUUUUCUACAUCACGCUAUCUCUGUCGGCUCAUGUUUUCCUCGUCCUGGUGUAUCUUCGACCGCGAAGCACGAAUUUGGAAGCGCUUUGCCGACGCAGCCCCGGGGAAGUCCUCACGGAAGCUGGAGCUUCCUUGGUUCGCAUGCGACAUCGGUCUUGCCUCGUCCAAUUCUACCAUGCCCGAUAUCACGUUCGACAACUGCACCUCAAGGUGCUCGAGCACUACUUCCUCUGCACGUACGACCUCCCCCGAAGCUUCUCGUUUGCUACGUAUGUCGGCAGCAUUCAAACGCGACAGUCCGUCCGCUACAUCCUCCGCAUCGACCCAAGCACUUGGACAUUCCUGCUUUUCCUUUUCUGCAUCAUCUUCAUGGGCGAAGCCUUUUCGUCGACUCCACAACGUGUGGUCGCAUUUGCUGUGCUGACCUCGCUGCUGGUGGUGUCCACAUUCGUCUUGCAUCUGUACUUGGUCCGCGUCCUCGAUGGCCUCUUUAGACAUGUCGUCGGAAAGCGCGGCGAUCCCAUGGAAGCUGUGCAAUGCCUGUCGUCCCAUCAAGCGCCACCAUCGACCACCAACGAAUCUCUGCAUCGACUUCGUGACGCCGCUGCAACUUGGUGUAUCAAGGACAGCAGACUCGUCGGCACGACGGAUGAUGCAAUCUGGUGCGGGCCACAAGGGGCAGCACCUUCCCCAAUGCUCCAUGCAAAGUCGAUCCAGCUACUGGUCCGCCUCACCCUUGUCGUGAAUGCAUUCCUGAUGGCGCUGUUGUGGCCGCUGGUGCUUCCGGCAACCACUUCGGGAGGAGUAUGGUGUGCACUUUCACUGAGCGUUCCUUUGUGGAUCAAUUUGAUCGUCUUUGCUCCGGCGAUGGUUCACAACGCGGCAAUUAUCCAAGCUGUGUGGUAUGUCGAACGAGAAACGCUGCUUGAAGCCAUCGAGCACUUCGAAGAGAUGGAGAUGCUGAAGAUGCACGUUGUGACUCACAUGGAAAUGUACAUGUGGGAGCGCCGACUAUGUCCACAAGACGUCGCAACCCUCAUCCAGGGAAUGGCGGGGAGCAAUGACUGUUUUGUUGACCUGCAGAUUCUUCAACGGGUGUUCCAAACGACCUUUCAUCUGUACGUGGCCUUGCACAAGCUCAAGGCACUGCUUCAGGUCACGUGUAGCGUGGAAGGGGGUUCCCGCUUCAAUAUCAUGGACUUGGUUGCGCUUUUGGAGACUCGCGGACACCGCGGCACUGCUGCCGACUCGGAGGUUUUCCUCUAA